GUUUUAUUUCGUUUCAAUGGGUGAUUGGGUUGGACCGUACUCAGGCAGAGCUCAUCGUUGUCCUUCUCUUUCCUUCUCUCUCUCUCUCUCUCUCUCUCUCCCUCCCUCUCUCCAUUUCUUCAGUUCUCCUUCCGGCGGAGGCGUCGACUCUCGAACACAUCUGGCAGCUCCACCUGACACCAGAGGCUGAUCUGCAAAUUUCUCAGAAUUGAGAUCCUAUGGAAUGUGGAGUUCCAAAAGAUCGGAUUGUCGGGUCGGAUGGAGUAUCAAAAUCCUAUGGAGCGUUGGGGAGGGUCCAAAAGAUCGGAUUGUAGGGUCAGAUCAGGUUCGUUGUUGAGGAUUUGCCAUAUUAUGGGUGAAUCAUUUACAAUUCAGAUUAGCAGCAACCUGGUCAAUCGGCUUGUUGAUGAUGGUGAAAAGUUGAAAAGGAAGACAAAGAAAUCUCAAGCGAAAAUAUCACGUGAAGUUCAAAAGUCCCCAGCUAAUGUACGAAACAGGGAGGAAACGCACAAGGGGACUGCUGCUGCCGGAUGGCCUAUCCAGCCUCCAUUGUUCCUGCCAGUACCUCCUUCGCCACAUUCUGCUAAUGAAGAGUUGGAUGGAAUCCGAUCUGUCCUUCAGGAAAGUGAGAGAGUUUUGGAAAGGUUGCAGAAGCACGAGGGUGACAUGGUACAGGAAGUAACACAAAGGGCCAAGGAUCUCCAUGAUAAGGAGUUCAAGCUUCCUUACCAUAAGCCAAUGGCCUGCUUGGCCGAGAAAGAUGCUUGCUUGGAGUGCUACAAAGAGAAUGCCAACAAUGCCCUAAAAUGCGCCCCUCUGGUUAAAAAUUUUGCAGAUUGUGCUCGCAGAGUUAGGCAGCUGGUGGGAUCCCCAGCAGUGGAGGCUUCAUGAAAGAUUUUUGUAUUCCAAAAAAAAAAACAAAAAGGGCAGUGAAAGCUAAUUGCUGGUCUGAGCGGCUCUUCAAUUAUUCUUGUGGUGCGAAUAAGUUGAACACUAGUUGUUCUUGAGUUCCAUCCUAUCUGCUCUGAUAUUCUCAUCCACACUGGUGUCAAAUAUUUUGUUCGUCUGCAUCCCUACUGUCUUUGUUUGCCAUGGAUGCGAGUUCAUGUUUUAGGCUUUUGUGUAUAAUGCUAAAAAGCAGAGAUUCGUUGUUCUCUA